AUGCGAAUAGAUGGUAUGCGAGCGGCCGGGAUAGCACGCCUCAGUCAGUCGAGUUGGUACGUUACGUUCGAUUGUCGACCCCGAGCUGUCGUUCUGCAUUUGCUACUUCUUUUGUUAUUAAUACCGGCCGCUAAUUCGCUAACUUACUUUGUUGGAACUUCGGUGAAACAAAUGGGCCCUGCUGAUGUGACACAAAAGGAGCCGUUCCUUUCAAAAGACGACAAACAGACGAUCGUCAUGUUCUGCCGUGCUGCACUUUCCAGUUCGCUUAGUGUACGAAUUUUCCGUAAUCGUGAGAAAAUCAAGGACCCGUUGGAGCUGCGACGAAUCUGUGGCACUCUGAUCCGGGAAUUCAAGCGGCAACGAGAAAUCGAGGAGGAGACGCAGUCUUUAUUCUGA